AGGCGGCCUGGCACCACCUCGACUCGGCGCUCCCGACCCCGAUCCGUUUUUGCUGUGUGCUUCAAACCAAAACCCCUCGCCUCGGCCUCCCAUCACUCGCCACCCCGGGAAGCGCGCCCAAGGCGGCACCGCACGCAGGCUCGACGAGGGGAGACGAGCCUCGCAUUUUCUUCGUCCGCGCGAUCCCCGCCCCGCCCCGCCCCGGCUGACCGAUCCCUUCGCCCCAUGUCGACGCCGGCCGUGGGCGCUGCGUGCCUCCUCGCGCGGGCCGCCGCCCCCUCCGCCGCCGGGCCGGUCCCCAGGCGGGGGGCUGAUCAGGCGCGCCCGCGGCGGCUCAACCGUGUCCUGCGCCAGCGGUGCGUCGUGGAGCUGAGCAGGGAAGGGCCGGCACCGCGCCCCCUGCCCCCCACGCAGCUGGCCCCGCCGGUCAUGCCCGGCCUCCUCGCGCCGCCGCCACCGGAGUCCACGCCAGCGCCAGCCUCGACGCCACUGCCCGUGCCCGACGCCGGAGUGGGGGACCUCCGCCUCCAACCUGAAGAGAUUGCUGAGGAUUCCAUCAACAGCACAGUAGUUGUGACAAGUGAGCAAGAUUCUGAGAACCUGGUUGUAAAGGGGCAAGCUCAAGCUGAAGUUACACAUAGCAUUGUCUUUGUAACUGGCGAGGCUUCUCCUUAUGCAAAGUCAGGGGGUCUAGGAGAUGUUUGUGGUUCAUUGCCUGUUGCUCUUGCUGCUCGUGGUCACCGUGUGAUGGUUGUAAUCCCAAGAUACUUAAAUGGGACCAAUGAUAAAAAUUAUGCAAAUGCACUUAACACCGCGAAGCACAUCCGGGUUCCAUGCUUUGGCGCAGAACAUGAAGUUACCUUUUUCCAUGAAUAUAGAGACAACGUUGAUUGGGUGUUUGUUGACCAUCCCUCAUAUCACAGACCUGGAAAUUUGUAUGGAGAUAAAUUCGGUGCUUUUGGUGAUAAUCAGUUCAGAUACACACUCCUUUGCUAUGCUGCAUGUGAGGCUCCUUUGAUCCUUGAAUUGGGAGGAUAUAUUUAUGGGCAGAAUUGCAUGUUUGUUGUGAACGAUUGGCAUGCCAGCCUUGUGCCAGUCCUUCUUGCUGCAAAAUAUAGGCCAUAUGGUGUUUAUAAAGACUCCCGCAGCAUUCUUGUAAUACAUAAUUUAGCACAUCAGGGUGUGGAGGCUGCAAGUACAUAUCCUGACCUGGGGUUGUCACCUGAGUGGUAUGGAGCUCUAGAGUGGGUAUUCCCUGAAUGGGCAAGGAGGCAUGCCCUUGACAAGGGUGAGGCAGUUAAUUUUUUGAAAGGUGCAGUUGUGACAGCAGAUCGGAUCGUGACCGUCAGUAAGGGUUAUUCAUGGGAGGUCACAACUGUGGAAGGUGGACAAGGCCUCGAUGAGCUUUUAAGCUCCAGGAAGAGUGUAUUAAAUGGAAUUGUAAAUGGAAUUGACAUCAAUGAUUGGAACCCUGCCACGGACAAGUGUAUCCCUUGUCAUUAUUCUGUUGAUGACCUCUCUGGAAAGGUCAAAUGUAAAGCUGAAUUGCAGAAGGAGCUGGGUUUACCUAUAAGGCCCGAUGUUCCUCUGAUUGGCUUUAUUGGAAGAUUGGAUUAUCAGAAAGGCAUUGAUCUCAUUAAACUAAUCAUUCCAGAUCUCAUGCGGGAAGACAUUCAAUUUGUCAUGCUUGGAUCUGGUAACCCAGAUUUUGAAGCCUGGAUGAGAUCGACAGAGUCAAACUUCAGGGAUAAAUUUCGUGGAUGGGUUGGUUUUAGUGUUCCAGUUUCCCACAGGAUAACUGCAGGCUGCGAUAUAUUGUUAAUGCCAUCCAGAUUCGAACCUUGUGGUCUCAAUCAGCUAUAUGCUAUGCGGUAUGGUACAGUUCCCGUUGUUCAUGGAACUGGCGGACUCAGAGAUACAGUGGAGAACUUCAACCCUUUUGGUGAUAAGGGAGAGCAGGGUACAGGGUGGGCGUUUGCACCCCUAACAACGGAAAACAUGCUGUGGACAUUGCGAACUGCAAUUUCAACAUACAGGGAACACAAGUCUUCCUGGGAAGGACUAAUGAAGCGGGGUAUGUCAAAAGACUUCACAUGGGACCAUGCCGCCGAACAGUAUGAACAGAUCUUCCAAUGGGCCUUCAUAGAUAAACCUUAUAUCAUGUAAAAGGAUCACAAGUGGCCUCUCUUCGAAGAUCUUCGGUUCUUCAUCCUUACACAAACAGAAGGAUGAGUGAAAAAAAAAACCUGUACAUUACAUGGAAGCGGACCAGCUAUAGGCUCCAUUGUUAAGGUUAGCCUUAUGGUGCCUGCUGCUUUGCUGGUUUGUCUCGAAGGACUGACGAAUGACUAUUUUGAAGAAUAGGAAGAGGAUGCUGGAAGCGGUUUAAUGGUACAUAAGAAAUCAACUGGAUUUAGUUUCAGUUACA